CGGCCAUGCGGGUCCCGGGGCCGUGCGCGGAGUGCGGGGCGCGGGGAGCGGCCCGGUACCGCUGUCCGCGCUGCGGCACCGCCUACUGCUCCGUGCCGUGCUGCCGGACCCACCGCGAGCGCUGCGUGCCCCAGCCCCGGCAGGAGCCGGGGGCGGCCGGGCAGGGCUCCCCCCCGGGCCCCGAGCGCGGCCCCUGGGCCCUGGACGACAUCCUGAGCGAGGAGGACGAGCAGGACCGCGUCCCGCCGCAGAAACUCAAACUCCUGGGAGAAUCGGAGGAGCUGAGGGAUUUGCUGCUGAACCCGCACCUGCGGCAGCUGCUGCUCACCCUGGAGCAGGCUCGGGACAAAAGCUCCCUCAUGAGGAAGUUCAUGCAGGAGCCGCUGUUCGUGGAGUUUGCAGACUGCUGCCUGAGCAUCGUGGAGCCUCCCGAGAAGGAGAACGUCCUCCCCGAGUGAGCUGCUGGAGGAACGUUUGGGGUUGUUUUUUUUUUUUUUUGUUUCGUCCUUGAGGUUUUUAUUUUUGGAGGUUUGCCAGCAGCCAGAGCUGCUCCUCCGUGUCUCGGCCGCUUUGCCCGUGGUGUCAGUGCUCUGAUCUCAGGUCAGAGCUGACAGGCAGGGGCAGGCUUGUGCUGGGACGCGUUUUUACAUCCUGGGGUCGAACCUGACCCUCUCUGGAAUUCCUUCUGUUGGCACAGAAAUGCUGGCAGCCCCGUGAAAUGUCGCUUCACGGUGACAAUAUUAAAUACAUCUGCAUUUAUUUUAA